AAACAUUUAUCCCUCUCCUACUUAUAAAUGGAGACCAUUCCCAAAUACAAACUCACAGUCCAAAUUACUAGCUAGUACAGCUCUUGGUUGCCUAAUUUGCCUCCGCCAAACCCAUCCAUGGCACGAAACCUUGUACCGAAAGGACUAACCAGUUUUCUCUUUAUCUUGGUUCUAGCCACGGCCAUACAUUUAACCAAAGCUACGGAACUUAAAGAAACCAAGCUGUCCCUCUACUUCCAAGACAUCUCAGCCCACGGCGCUGCCAAUGCCACGGUUGUCCCAGUUGCAGGUGUUGCCGGCAAGGCUUGGACGUUCACCCAAUUCGGAACCGUCUAUGUCACCGACAACUACAUCACCGAAACCUCAGACCCGAAUUCAGCUGCAGUCGGCCGUGGCCAAGGCAUGUACGUGACAGCCGGGUUGGACGGCUUGAAUUCACAUGUUAUGAUAUCAUUAGUGUUCACAAACGACGAGUACAGUGGAAGCACCAUACAAAUACAAGGUAUUAGCAAGCAGUUUGAGCCUGUUAGAGAGGUUGCGGUGGUCGCAGGAACAGGGAAAUUCCGGUUUGCUAGGGGCUAUGCCACUUUUGAGACACACUUCUUGGACAUUCCCACCCAGUACGCGAUCAUCCGGUGCAAUGUCACGGUGCAACAUUACUAGUAGUAGUGUAGAACAUGUUGGAGUCGGACCAGAAAUAAAGCAUGAUCGAGCUAGAGCUGUUGGUUCUUGGCAGAGGCCGGCCAAGAAAUAUAAAUAAUGCUGUUAAGGCAGGGACGUGAGGCUCGGAUUUCACGUCCUUAAUUUGGUUGUGUAUUAGUUGUCAUAAUUGGUUUGUUCUUGUUUUUGUUUGUGAAACCAUUGCAUUGAGAUGCCUUGUCGCUUCAGCUUGUUUCGACGUAUUAUAUAGCUAAUAAAAACAAGAGUAACUUGAUCUCAGUGGCC